UGUGAAUUGAUCUGUCAACUCUAAGCUGAUUGGCUAAGUUAGCUGAGGAAGGAGUAUCGAAAUUACAGAAAAGUCAACUGCCAACUUUUCUGUAUAUAUCAGAAAAUAAAGUAAAAAAGAGCAGCCUUUCUAAUUUCUUUGCCGCCUUUUGCCAAAAAAGAAUCUUUUUUUUCUUUGUUACUACUAUUAUUCUUCAAUUUUCUACGUACCCAAUUGAGAAAAGAAAAGAAGGUUGAACUUUUCGAAGAUGAUAAUUGCCUCAUCCGCCAGAUUUGGCCAAUGAAGCCAACCAUGGUGAUAGUUUCAUCAGAACUUAUAAAGCUUGGAAGGGCAGCAAUGCAUUUGUUUUGGGGGGAAGGAUUAUAUUUGGACCUGAUCGGAGUUACAGGUUCUUCUUCAUGUUUGUCUUCUUUGCAACUCUUCUUUGCUUAUGUGUGCAUGGACUUUGUUGGGUGUAUAUCAGGAGAAUCAUGGAUAGCGAGGAGACAACAAUCUGGAAAGCGAUCACUAAAACUCCUCCCUCCAUUGUGCUUUUAUAAUCUACACCUUCAUAUCAGCCUGGUUUUUGGUGGACUAACUGUCUUCUAUUUGUAUCUAAUCAGUACAAACCAGGUGGUAUUUUAUUUUCCAUUUAUAUUUUCUUAGGCUUGUAACAGCUUGAUUCUUUUUU